ACUCCAUCUCAGAACAUAGUGAUUAAGAGUCGGAUCGCAACAUUGCACUAUACUGCUUCCCACUAUAACAUACAGCCUAGAUAUUAACAGUUUCCAACUUGACCUUUAUCUCUUCAGACGCCAUCAUGUCGACUUCCACCCGAGGCGCCUUUAUUGUCUUCGAAGGACUAGACCGUUGUGGAAAAUCAACACAAGUAGACCGUCUAGUCCAGCGUCUAGAACGCCAGGGCCAUAGAGCGCGUCUGCAAAAAUUCCCUGAAAGAACGACGCAGAUAGGGAAAAUGAUCGACGCCUAUCUGCAAUCCAAAACUGAAAUAGAUGACCAUGCUAUCCACCUUCUCUUCAGCGCUAACCGAUGGGAGUGCUCAGCAGCCAUCAGGAGAGAUCUAGCCAAUGGCAUAACUGUCAUCGCUGACCGUUAUGCGUUCUCGGGUAUAGCUUUUUCAGCCGCCAAGGGUCUGCCUUUUGAUUUCUGCUUGCACCCAGAUGCGGGACUCCCUCUUCCGGACGUAACACUAUAUCUCACCUUGCCUCCAGAAACAGCCGCCAAGCGUUCCGCAUAUGGUGAAGAACGCUAUGAGUCUGUUUCGAUUCAGCAAGCCGUCCGACAACAGUUCAAACUUGUUGCCAAUGAAAUUAAAAAACGACAUGGCGCUGACAAAUGGAUUGAGAUUGAAGCUGAUGGGACAUUCGAGGACGUUGAAGAACGAAUAUGGUCGCAGAUAAGUGAUGUUGUGGAAUAUUCAAACGGAAAUAUUGGGGAUCUUUGGUCAAGAUAGUUGAAAUCAUUUACAGCAAAACAUCGAUUUGUUCUGUUUGAGCCAUAGCAAUAUGCUUCUGUUUUGUUGUACUUUCCAUAGCCUAUCGCUUCUUAUGGCUUCUUCAAACAUCAAUAACCAACCCAUUCUUUCAUUUUUGUAUGGAGAAGAAGAAGGCGAAUAGGGACAUGCUUGUUAUUAUUGCGUGUGAUAAAUAUCGAAUUAAUUCUUUAUUAUCAUAAUCUUGAGCUUGUAUAGACUGUAAAGACAGUUGCGUGAUGACGA